AUUAUCUAUUAUGGGCCCGUGUGACCCGACCCACCACUCAUCAGAAGGGUGAUUUCGUAAUUCAAUUCAAGAUAGUCUGAACUCAACUUCUCAACGCGGUAUCGCUGUAAGCCCCGACAGACUUCAGUUAGUCAGCUGUUGGUUUUUCAGUUCCCUUGUUCAUCAACAUUUUCGAUCGAAAUCUUUUAAGGUUUUUGAAGCAAUGGGAAAGGACUCUAAACCAAAGGAUGGAGGGAAGGGUAAAGGGAAACAGUCAGCAGGAGGUGAUGAGAAUGCUUCUAAGGGUAAAGGAAAAGGUGGGAAGUCAGCUGACGGGCUUGGCACCUGCACAUAUGUCAAAGCGAGACAUGUCUUAUGUGAGAAACAAGGGAAGAUCAAUGAAGCAUACAAGAAGCUGCAAGAUGGUUGGCUUAGCAAUGGAGAUAAGGUUCCACCAGCUGAGUUUGCUAAGAUAGCUGCAGAAUAUUCGGAAUGCCCAUCUGGGAAGAAGGGUGGAGACCUUGGAUGGUUUCCACGUGGCAAAAUGGCCGGCCCAUUCCAGGAAGUUGCCUUCAGCACACCAAUUGGAGCUACCAGUGCACCCUUCAAAUCAACGCAUGGAUACCACAUAAUCUUGUGUGAAGGGAGGAAGAAUUGAUGGAACCCGGAAUUCGCAUGAAGGGUAAUCCAGGAAAGGCGAACAUAGAGAUGAAAAUAAUGAAUUUUUAUAUUGAAGCAUAAUGUGGCUCAUCAAUGAUGGUUGACAUUCGUGGCUGAAUGAUGCUUUCUCAUCAGAAGUUAGAUAUUACUGAGUAUUAUCUGGAAAGAUUAUAAUUGUUUGGAAAUGCUCAUAAAUUUCUUUUUCUUUUAAUUUCAAUUUGUGUGCUAUCUCGACUUUCUUGAGCAAGGAAAAGAUGAAUGUCAGCUUCUAAUUUUGUUGGGAACUUUUUAUGAUUUGAACUGGGAUUUGCAUA